AUGAACGCAGGCGCGGGGGGCACGGGCGAGGCAGACACGAGGCAGACAACGAAGCUUGGUACACUUCGGAGGAGCAUAAGAGAAGAGACGCAGCUCUCACACCGGCCCCUCCGUCCCUCCGUCCCUCCCGGCGGCGGCGGCGGCAGAUUUCGAUAUCCUCAAAAACGAGUCAGCGUACGCCCACCCAGCUUCUACAGGUAG